AUGCGGAGAGAAGAGAGUAGAAGGAGCAGAAGCAGCGGCUAUUUCACUACUCACUGUUCACGUUCUUUUCACUAUUUAACUUUUUACUUCUGCACUUUUUACCUCUGCACUUCUUAUUUCUUCACUUCUCAUUUCUCCACUUCAUUUUUCACUUCUUCAUUUUUCACUCUCACUCUCCUACAUUCUCUCUUCAUUUCCUACAUUCUCUUCAUUCUCUUCACUUCUCUAUUUAUGCUACUGCGCCGUCUUGCGUUGAAAGUAAACCCAUUGGUCGUCCAACGGCUUCUCCUCCAAUUCUUCCCAGCACUUCAUUUCCGCCAACUGCUGUGCCAAACUCAACUCUUCAUGGGCUUGUAUAACAAUUUCCUCGAUCAAACCACCGCCAAUUUUGCUCUCGAUUUUCUCGGUAAUCUCCUCCAGCUCCACAAUCUUGAGUCUGUUCUUCGUCAAAGCUUCGACCGAUUGUUUGUAGACCGAAUCUUUGGGAUACUUGGACUCCAAAACCUUCAAAGUGUGGUUAUAUAA